CUUCUCAUUUCUCAGGUUCGAGCAUAAGCUACUGAUUAUUGGAAUCUCAAAUCCGAAAGGCGAAAGAAGAGGUGUUCUGGUUUCCUAUUUUUGUGGAAAUAUCUCUUCUCUGUGUUAGUGAUGGGUUCAAUCGAAAAGAAUUAUCUCCGCCCUGCAAAUGGGACCCAGGAUGCGUUAUCUUCUUCUUUUACUCCGAGCUUCGAAACCCUAUUGGAUGCGAUGAAAAAUCCACAGGUUCCAAAGCUAGUGCUUCUGAGAAAAUUGUAUUAUUUGCUGAUCCACUUGUCCAUGAACUCAUCACUGUAUUCCCCAAAAUUUGGAGCUUCAAAUGAUUCAAAUAGGGAAGGCCAUCAGUCUACCUUCAAUCUACCGUUUACUGAUAUUUGUAAUCUUUCCAAUUUUCUCUUCGAAGAACUUUCUAGAAAGUUUGAACAUUUAUUCUCUGGAUCUGAAAGCGCUAGCCAGCAGCUUGAUAUUUUGGUCCAUCCAGAAGACUUGAAACUGUUGUUGAGAUGCUGUAUGGGCAUGCUGCGGUUGCUAGAAUUUAACCAAGGUUUUCUUCUUGAAAAAUGCAAGAUUCUUCUCGCAAUACUUUGCAAAUUAUGUUCUUCCGAUGUACUGUUGCAUAUUUCACGCAAUCUAGGGGAAAAUGCGAAACACGCGUUAAGGUUCGAAAGAUCAUUUUCACGUCAAUGUGUUUAUGCUGGUCAUAGUGGCUUCACCACAUAUGUUGAGGAGUACAAUGCUUCCAUGUGUAUUGUUGAAGAAGCUGGUUCACCAAUUCCUUUUCUUUGCUCACUGCUAGAGGUCUUUGCAGAUGAGCUGUUAUUGCAUAGACAUUUGAGACUGUAUUUUAUGAUAGCAGAUUCUGUUUCUUCUGCAACUGAAAGGCUAUUUAUGUGCCACAACAGUCAUGGUGAUAGUGACGAUGUGCUGGAGGUGAUCUCUGCUCACUUUAUUCUUUCACUUUCUGAUGAACAAGCUUCUAGCAAGUUACAGAAUGCCUCCCUCUGGUGGCACUCCAUGGAUUUGAGGACUUCUGAACUAACCUUGACUGCAUCUCUUGCAUUGCUUGGCUCCCCUGUAAUAUCUUCUGCACCAAAAAUAAUCCAAGCACAUCUACUUUUCAUGGUUUCUAGAGCUAUUGGUAUUGAUAUAGCUCCCCAGAACACAAGAUCAGAUUUCAGAUUUAUGAAUGGUUACAUAUCAGCGCUAGAAAGAUCAAUCAUGUUGUACACUCACAACAUAUCUAGUUUACGAGUUGGUGAUGAUCUUCUUGGAGUUUACACUGGGUCAUUUUCUUCUGUUCAACCAGGGAUAUGGAAGAGAGGAUUCCAUCCAUCGUUUGAGUGUUAUAUUCGACCAGUCACUUAUAGUACAAUCAAUCAUAAAAUUACUGAGUUGGCCUGUUCCCAGCAUUCACAUGUUUGUGAUCUCAACUCCAGAAAGAAGUCUGACUUACUGAAUGCUUCUAUUUUGUACAUGAAGGAUAAUCAAUCUGUUCUUGACAAGUCGUCAAGAGAAGAGAUACUGUCAAUUUUAAAUUGCAUAAUCUCAAGAACUCUUUCUCUUGAAUCCGAAGGUAUUGCAACUCAUAAAAGUGGAUAUCUAGGUUUUGAAGAAGUUCAUCUUCUUGCUUCAAUACUGAAAUUACUUAGCAGUUCACUUUUGCAAACUGUUUGGUGUAUGAGGAAAAAGAGAAGUUCUGAAUCCCUUAGUACUUUGAAAGAUUCCUCAUUGAGUAAGGAGUAUGAUUUUGUAACAGGCAUUAUUGGCUGCUUUCAACAGUGCUCUGUUAGUCAGCCUGUGCAAAAGCUCUUCCCUGAAGCAAUGAGAUCUUGCCAAAGUAGACAUAAGGAGUCAAAGCUGAUGUUUAUGCACUUUGCUGGCUUGCUACUAUUCAGCUUUGCCAGAGAGCUUGAGUUCUUAUGGAAGGGAUGCAUAUUCAUGAUGAUGACAAUGAUGAAUUUAUUCAUUUUUGAGGAAGGGAAUUUAGAUGCGUUGAGGGAAUUGCUUGGAUUGAGAAAUAAUUCUCUCUCUUCCAUAUCUUCUAUAGAUAAAGUCUCACAGGUUCAGAUCGGUAGAGAUUCUAGCCUGACAGUUGCAUCAGAAUUUCAGAAGAUUCAGAUGCUAUGCUUGAGUAGAGAUACUCUUUCAAGAUACGAAGAGGGGAAACAAGAUAGUUCAUCAGAGACCUCAGUAGCUACUCUGCCCCAAGGUGCAAGGGAGAGUGUAGAAGGCAUAGUGGAAAAGACCUGUAAUGGGGAGAUCUUUAUGAAAUCCACACCAGAAUUCUGUUGGAAAGCUUCUGAUAUUGAUGAUUUGGCUGAUUUUAUUGAAUGCAAGCAGGGAAAGGAUUAUUCCAAGUGGUUGAAGGGUCGAGAAAAGUACCGUAAGUGGAAACAUGGAAAAACAGAGGUUGUGAGGAAGGAACGGAAGAAAUCAUUUAGGUUUCUUUUAGGUGAGUAGAAAUCAGUAUUCUCUAUACCACUUUUCGUUUUCAUUUUCUAUUUUAGUUUUUUCCAUUUGUACAGAUAUUUUGUAUAGCGAUCAUGGCCCUUUGUCAUAAUGUUAGAUCAAACACCAAGAAAUAUGAAAAUAAAUAGACAAAAGAUCCACACGA